CCGCUCUGGCGGGCGGGGCGGGAAAGAGAGGGAGUGCUCGCGGCCACGUGACCGGCGCCAACAUGGCGGCGCCCAUCGGCGUCCACCUGCUCGUCCGCAGAGGUUGUCAUAGAAUUUUCUCUUCACCACUCAAUCAUAUCUACUUACACAAGCAGUCAAGCAGUCAACAAAGAAGAAAUUUCUUUUUCCGGAGACAAAGAGAUAUUUCACACAGUGUAGUUUUGCCGGCUACAGUUUCUUCAGCUCAUCCAGUCCCUAAGCACAUAAAGAAGCCAGACUAUGUGACGACAGGCAUUGUACCCGACUGGGGAGACAGCAUAGAAGUUAAGAAUGAAGAUCAGAUUCAAGGGCUUCGUCAAGCUUGUCAGCUGGCCCGUCAUGUCCUCCUCCUGGCUGGGAAGAGUUUAAAGGUUGACAUGACAACUGAAGAGAUAGAUGCUCUUGUUCAUCGGGAAAUCAUCAGUCAUGAUGCCUAUCCCUCACCUUUAGGCUAUGGAGGUUUUCCAAAAUCUGUUUGUACCUCUGUAAACAACGUGCUAUGUCAUGGUAUCCCUGACAGUCGACCUCUUCACGAUGGAGAUAUUAUCAACAUUGAUGUCACAGUCUAUUACAAUGGCUACCAUGGAGACACCUCUGAAACCUUUUUGGUGGGCAAUGUGGAUGAAUGUGGUAAAAAGUUAGUGGCUGUUGCCAGGAGGUGUAGAGAUGAAGCGAUUGCAGCUUGCAGAGCAGGGGCUCCCUUCUCUGUAAUUGGAAACACAAUCAGCCACAUAACUCAUCAGAAUGGUUUCCAAGUCUGUCCACAUUUUGUGGGACAUGGGAUAGGAUCUUACUUUCAUGGACAUCCAGAAAUUUGGCACCAUGCAAAUGACAGCGAUCUACUCAUGGAGGAGGGAAUGGCCUUCACCAUAGAGCCAAUCAUAACCGAGGGAUCCCCUGAAUUUAAAGUCCUGGAGGAUUCAUGGACUGCGGUCUCCCUGGACAAUCAAAGGUCCGCCCAGUUCGAGCACACAGUUGUCAUCACGUCGAGGGGCGCUCAGAUCCUGACCAAACUUCCCCAUGAGGCCUGAGGAACGACCCCAACGUCGCAGAGGCUGGGCCCCUUUUCUCCUAAAUUGCUGAAAUCCAGCCGGAGAACUUUCAGAAGAAACGGGUGGACCGCAGGUUGUGCAGCAGCCAACCUAGUUACUACCUAGAAGGGUCUUGGAAAAUGCGGUGUGGAUCGGAGGCAGUCGGGAGCUCAGAUCCGAAGCCCUUCGUGGCGGCCGCAGCUACGGAAAGACUGAUCCUGGCUCGGCACGGCUUCCCAGCUUGGGGAAACGUUUUCUGAGGGGUAUGGGGACGCCCUCGUUUGGAAGACGUGGGGUUUCUAGAGGUGCAUGUUUGUCUCUUUCCCUUGCCUUUACAAUGCCCAAGUAAAAAUCUUUCACCUCCUAAA